UGGACUGGCGCUGCUCAAAUCAAUGACGUGGACAUUCAUUUUAACUACACUGCAAGAAAACUGUCAGAAAUUAUUACACGACUGACCAAGUAGUCCACCCGAUAAAGUUUAGUUUGCUGUCAUAAACGAGUAGUAAUUUUGUCUAACUGACAACAAGGUGUUUUCAUUUUUAUAGCGCGGCAGCUUUCAGGGCAAAAUGAGUAAGAACAAAGUGUUGAAUCUCAGGGACAAGAUUAAUGACAACGAAGUGGAUCUCAGCCUUUCUAACUUGACGGAAGUACCCGUCAAAGAACUGGCCGCUUUCCCUAAAGCCACGAUGCUGGACCUCUCCUGUAAUAAUCUAACUUCGCUUCCCCCUGAUUUUUGCAGUCUGACGCACCUGGUGAAGAUAGACCUAAGUAAAAACCAAAUUGUCAGCCUGCCGGCGGAUUUGGGGCGGCUUGUUGCUUUGCAGCACCUGGACCUGUACAACAACAAGCUCACCUCUCUACCACUAAGUUUUUCCCAGCUCAGGAAUCUGAAAUGGCUGGACCUGAAGGAUAAUCCACUGGAGCCUACGCUAGCGAAGGUGGCUGGAGACUGUCUGGAUGAGAAGCAGUGCAAGCAGUGUGCCACCAAGGUUCUCCAGCACAUGAAGGCCCUGCAAGAGGAGGCAGACAAGGAACGCGAGCGACGUCUGCACAAGGAGAGAGAGAGGGAAAAGAAAAAGGAGGCACAACAAAGGGCCAGAGAGGCGAAGGAGAAGGAGGCGCGCAAGCGAGAAAAAGCGGAGGAGAAAGAGAGGAAAAGGAGAGAAUUUGAUGCCCAGAGAGCCGCCCAGGCAGCCCAGGAGAAACGGAAAGAACAGAAACCUGAAAAACCAAGGCAGGAUCGGCCAGUGGCGGUAAAGUCGGUCCCAAAAAGCAAGCGCUCCAUCCUGGGUGUGUUGCUGAAGCUGGUGGUGAUGCUUCUGGGAGGUGCGUUUGGGGCGGUGGCUGUGUGUCACAUGACCAGCCUGAGGAAAGAGGCAGCCUGCGCUCCCCUCAACAUGCUCGUGGAGGAGGCGCUGUCCUGGGCUCAGGGGCAGGAGGUGUUGAGGAACAUUCUACAGAAGCUCUCCAAGCAGCAGCCAUGAGAUCCGGCUCCAUCCACCGUCACCUGGACCCUCUGGAGGCCCUUGCAUGUUGACGGAGGGUGGGAUGGCAGUGCGGCUAAAAUUCCUAUGGAAUUGUCAUCUGUUUUCAUUGUUUUGUUUUUAAUCACUGCCAGCUCCAUACAAUGACCAGAAAAUGCAUUAAGGCAGUUUCUGUACAUCUUGUGACAUUGUAAAUGUGAAAUUUCAGAAAGCAGAAGCAGCUUAUCCCUGGUGUUUAGUGCCUAGUAGCCUUAUUCUUACUGUACGUCUUACCAAUGAUACAUGCUAAAGGAAAGAAGAAUGUAAUAUAAAUUCCGUAAAAGAACAUCCUGGAAUAUUAAUUGUUUUGCAUGUUUGCAGUUAAAAAUUCCAGUUUAGAUUCUUGUUCCUUAAAUGAAGCAGUACCAAAUUCUUACCUGAUUAACUUGUGAAAUGCAACGUGAAUGUAUGUUUGAGUCUUCCACUUGCAGAGACCUGCCUUUUAAAAUACUUUACAUUAACGGCGCUAUUUCUCUCCUGAAUACGUGAACGAAAGGCUGCAUUUCAGGUUUUUUCUUCCUAGCUUUUUUGGGUAUGUGUUUGUGUCCACAAAAUAUGUGCCUGGAUCCACAAAAAGGGCAGAAAUCUGAACAGAACACAGGUCAAUUCCUGCAUUUUAGUCGGCGAUGUCUAGCUAUACUCAGUGAUAGGUGGUUUUUGCUAACUGUGCAUGAUGACCACAAAUAAACUGCUGCCAAUUCAAAA